AUGGCGACCGCGAAGCCCAUCCUGUACAACGCCUGGAUCAGCUCCUGCUCCCACCGUGUUCGCAUCGCGCUCAACCUCAAAGGUGUGGAUUACGAGUACAAGUCCGUAAACCCUAGGACAGAUCCAGAUUAUGAAAAAAUCAACCCAAUCAAAUAUAUUCCAGCAUUAGUAGAUGGGGACAUAGUCGUUUCCGAUUCUCUCGCUAUCUCAUUGUAUUUGGAAGAUAAAUAUCCUGAGCAUCAUCUCCUGCCUAAAGAUCUGAAGAGGAAAGCUCUUAAUCUUCAGGUCAUGUCCAGAUCAAAGUCUCGUUGUAUCUUGUUCACAGAAGGUAGGAUGAGCCCAGAUGAGGGCCUUCAUAUUGUUCAAACUUAUAUUGACAAGGGAUUCAGAGCGAUCGAAAAGCUCUUGGAAGGAUGUGAGAGUAAAUAUGCUACUGGAGAUGAUGUCCAAUUGGGAGAUGUGUUUCUUGAACCACAGAUACAUGCUGGUAUAAAUCGCUUCCAAAUCGAUAUGUCGAAGUACCCUAUCUUGGAGAGGCUCCAUGAAGCAUACAUGCAAAUUCCCGCAUUCCAAGCUGCGCUACCUAAAAAUCAGCCAGACGCGCCUUCAUCAUAA